ACAUUAGUCAAUCGGCAGAGCUUCAUGUGUUUAGUUCCAAAAACAGCGACGAGUAUUAGUAGGAGUACCGUACCGAGUGGUCGUGCGGUGCGGCGCUGCGGAGUAACUCCGCGCGUAAAAUUUACGAGAAUACCGAAUAGAAAUUUAGCUGAUGUCAAUCUUAUUCCAUUGCCUAUAAUUAGGAGCAAAAAUUGUUGAUGCAGUUGGGGCAUCUAUUUAAACUAUAUCUGUGGUUCGUAACGUAGGCCACACGGGGCAAUUACUCGCGCUCCAAUAACCUACCUAGUUGAAGGCACUCGUUCGAGUUUGUCAAGUUGUCGCCGGGGCCAAGAGAGUUCACUGCCAGUUCCAGCCAGUUCACUGUUUGACGGUGCAGGUCAUUGCCGUGCAAACGUGCGCUUUGUCUAUCCGGUUUGCAUACUGCACGAUGACCACCGCAAACAUACUAUGGAGGUUACAAAACAAAAUGUUUUUUGUGACACUCUACAUGUGUUGCAUAACCGAGUCUUGGAUGCAAGUCGACGGCUCUGUAUCAGUAAAUCCGGUUGUCAUUCAAAUCAAAGGAGAAGACCAAGGAAUGACAGAUAAUACUGUUAAGAGGUAUCAUGGUGGUCACAACAUCAGUAUUGUAAACGACAAGUUCAUGUUGGACGGGCAGGCCCUGCACAUCGUAUCUGGAUCUUUGCAUUACUUCAGGUUACCGGCUGAAUACUGGCGCGACCGUCUACGCAAACUUAAGGCGGCCGGGCUCAACUCUGUGUCGACAUAUGUAGAAUGGAGUUACCAUGAACCCGAAGAAAGACAGUACUUAUUUGAUGGCGACCGAGACAUAGCUAGAUUUGUACAAAUGGCAGCAGAAGAAGGCUUGCAUGUCUUAUUACGUCCAGGUCCUUAUAUUUGUGCCGAAAGAGAUUUAGGAGGUAUUCCAUAUUGGAUACUCGGCAAAUAUCCUAAUAUUAAAUUAAGGACUACAGACAAAGAUUUUAUACAAGAAACAAGAAUAUGGAUGAACAAACUGUUCUCACGGCUAACACCUUUAUUGUUUGGUAACGGUGGACCCAUCAUUUUGGUUCAGGUAGAAAACGAGUACGGUAGCUACGGCAAGAACAAGGCUUACAUGGAAAAUAUCCGUGACAUAAUCUUGGAUCACGUGGGUACCAAUGCACUGCUAUAUACCACAGAUGGAGCCCCACCGUCGUAUUUCCGCGCGGGUGCAGUCGCCGGAGCCCUCACUACUAUAGAUUUCGGCGCCAAUACUGAUGUACGUUCAGCUAUCAGUGGUCUACGACAAUACAUGCCACACGGACCGGUGAUGAAUUCGGAAUACUACCCGGGCUGGCUCACUCACUGGGGCGAGACAUUACAACAAGUGAGGACCGAGGACGUCGUCAAAACCCUGCGGAGCAUGCUCGACAACAAUGUCAACGUUAACUUUUACAUGUUCUUUGGUGGCACUAAUUUCGAAUUCACUGCUGGUGCCAAUUAUGGGGAUACAUACACAGCAGACAUUACGUCAUAUGAUUACGAUGCGCCGCUAUCUGAAGCUGGUGAUCCCACUCCUAAAUAUUAUGCAAUUCGCGAACUAUUAAAAAAGUAUAAAUUUGAAGCGAAAGACUUGCUCCCACCUAUUCCAUCUCCUAAAGGUGCUUAUGGUGAAUUGGGAUUACAUGCCCGACUUAAUCUUUUAUCUCCUAAUGGGCGCUCGAGUUUAGGAAAAAAAUAUAAUGACGUCACUGGUCAAAACUUGCCGACUUUUGAGAAAUUACGGCAAAGAAGUGGCAUGGUUCUGUAUGAAACAACAUUAAACACUCCGAAUGGAACUCUAACUAUAUUGAAACCACGAGAUUGGGUAUACGUGUAUGUUGACGGGAAACUGGCAGGGAUUAUCAGCAGAACCCACAAGAGGUACUCUAUACAUUUAAAAUGCAACAAAAAUUCCAUAUUGUCGCUGCUUGUAGAGAACCAGGGUCGUAUUAAUUUUGGAGAUCAGUUGCAUGAUUAUAAGGGAAUUUUAAGUACAGUCAACUAUAACAACGUAUCUCUUAAUGGAAAAUGGUCUAUAACAGGAUAUCCAUUGGAAGAUAUCAAAUUAAACGGUAGUACAAGUACAAACUACGUGGAAUCAAAUUCACUACAAGGUCCCGUACUAUAUGAGGGUAAUUUUACCUUGCCCACUGGGGACCCUCUCGAUACCUAUAUAGAUCCAACUGGUUGGAGCAAGGGUUACAUUUGGAUCAACGGACACAACCUGGGUAGAUACUGGCCUCGAUUGGGUCCGCAAGUCACAUUAUAUGUUCCUGGGGUGUGGCUGAAUAAAGCGCCCACACCGAAUGGUAUUCAGAAAAUGAUAAACGAAGACUUAAACUGCGAAGUGGGCCCGCCCUGCAGCUUAGUGCUGGCUGAUGGCACCAUAUUCCAGGGCAGAAGUUUUGGCGCCAAAGUUCCUGCUGAAGGAGAAGUUGUUUUCCAGACCGGUAUGGUGGGUUACCCCGAGUCUUUAACGGAUCCAUCAUAUCACGCACAAUUGUUAGUCCUCACAUACCCACUAAUUGGUAACUAUGGUGUGCCUGAUGAAAAGGACAUCGAUGAACAUGGAUUGCCCAGAUGGUUCGAAUCAAAUCGUAUAUGGGCUGCAGGCUUAAUAGUUGGCGAAGUUAGUACAAGAGCAUGCCAUUGGAGAGCACGUCGGUCAUUGGGCUCAUGGCUGGCAUCUCAUGGAAUUCCUGGCCUUUGCGAUAUUGAUACGAGAGCAUUGACCUGCCGAUUACGCGCUGGCGUAACUCUAGGUCGGAUAGUACAGGGUACACUGCCUACUGGUCCCCUCCCACCGCUAUCUGAUCCAAACAAAAGAAAUUUAGUAGCUGAAGUGUCUGUUACGGAACCGAAAAUCUUCAACCCCAACGGAGAAAUUACAAUUAUGGCAGUAGACUGUGGCCUCAAAUACAAUCAAAUAAGAUGUUUUGUCAGAAGAAACGCUAAAGUGAUCUUAGUGCCUUGGAACCAUAGACUCAAUCCAAAUAAUUACGAUGGUCUUUUUAUCAGUAAUGGCCCAGGUGAUCCUGAAAAUUGCAAAAAAUUAGUGGAAAAUAUUAAAGAAAUCAUAAAUAACAAAACUGAUAUCAAACCAAUUUUUGGCAUUUGUCUUGGGCAUCAACUUUUAUCGACUGCAAUUGGUUGUAAAACCUUCAAAAUGAGCUAUGGAAAUCGUGGUCACAAUUUACCGUGCACUCAUAAUGGAACAGGUAGAUGUUUUAUGACAUCUCAGAAUCACGGAUAUGCAGUGGAUUCUAAUAGUAUACCAGCUGAUUGGAAAGCAUUAUUUAUUAAUGAAAACGAUAAAACAAACGAGGGCAUUAUUCAUAAGAAAAUGCCCUAUUUCAGCGUUCAAUUUCAUCCCGAACAUACUGCGGGCCCCACAGAUCUGGAAUGUCUAUUCGACAUAUUUAUUGAAUCUGUGAUAUCAUAUAAAAAUAAAAAACCACAACUCGUUGAUGAAAUGAUUACAAAAAAAUUAGAAUUUGUGCCUACAAUUCAAGAAAGACCGAAAAAAGUACUAAUUCUUGGCUCUGGUGGGUUAUCAAUAGGCCAAGCAGGUGAAUUUGACUAUUCAGGAUCUCAAGGUGUAAAGGCUAUGCAGGAGGAAAAAAUUCAGACUGUUUUAAUUAAUCCUAAUAUAGCCACCGUUCAAACGUCUAAAGGAUUAGCAGAUAAAGUAUAUUUCUUGCCUAUCACUCCUGAAUAUGUGGAACAAGUUAUUAAAGCCGAAAGGCCAACUGGCGUUUUACUUACAUUUGGAGGGCAAACUGCUCUAAAUUGUGGAGUAGAAUUAGAAAAAGCUAAAGUAUUUGAAAAGUAUAACGUGAAUGUCUUGGGUACUCCGAUUCAGUCAAUUGUAGAUACUGAAGAUCGAAAAAUAUUUGCCGAAAAGAUUAACGCUAUUGGAGAAAAGGUUGCACCUAGUGCAGCAGUGACUUCGGUAGAUGAAGCUCUAACAGCUGCUUUACAAAUUGGUUACCCAGUGAUGGCACGGUCUGCAUUUUCUUUAGGAGGUCUAGGUUCAGGUUUUGCAAACAACGAAGAAGAGCUUAAAAUACUCGCUCAUCAUGCUUUAUCACAUUCUGAUCAAUUAAUUAUUGAUAAAUCUUUAAAAGGAUGGAAAGAAGUAGAAUACGAGGUUGUGAGAGAUGCCUAUGAUAAUUGUAUAACUGUUUGUAAUAUGGAAAAUAUCGAUCCGCUUGGUAUACAUACAGGAGAAUCAAUUGUUGUCGCUCCAAGUCAAACACUUUCAAAUAGAGAAUAUUAUAUGUUACGUAAUACGGCCAUAAAAGUCAUACGACAUUUCGGCAUUGUUGGCGAGUGUAAUAUACAAUACGCUCUCAAUCCAAAUUCAGAAGAAUUUUAUAUUAUAGAAGUAAAUGCAAGAUUAUCUAGAAGCUCUGCAUUGGCCAGUAAAGCAACAGGUUACCCUCUAGCAUAUGUAGCAGCAAAAUUAUCUCUAGGUAUUCCAUUACCCAUUAUAAAAAACUCAGUAACAGGAGUGACUACUGCAUGUUUUGAACCAAGUUUGGAUUAUUGCGUAGUGAAAAUACCAAGAUGGGAUUUGGCUAAAUUUAACAGAGUCAGUACUAAGAUCGGAAGCUCUAUGAAAAGUGUGGGAGAAGUCAUGUCCAUAGGUAGAAAUUUUGAAGAAGCUUUUCAAAAAGCGUUGCGGAUGGUUGAUGAAAAUGUUAAUGGAUUUGACCCGAAUAUAAAAAAUGUUGAUGAAAAUGAACUUAAAGAACCCACAGAUAAACGUAUGUUUGUUUUAGCGGCAGCAAUAAAAAAUAAUUACAGUGUAGAAAAGCUCUAUGAACUCACUAAAAUUGACCGAUGGUUUCUAGAAAAAUUUAAGAAUAUCAUUGACUAUUACAAGACUUUGACAACUUUUGAUACAGGAACUAUAACACUUGAAAUAUUAAAAAAAGCGAAAAAGAUUGGAUUCUCUGAUAAACAAAUUGCAGCAGCAAUUAAAAGUACAGAAGCAGCCGUCAGAAAGUUAAGGGAAGAAUUUCAAAUUACUCCAUUCGUGAAACAAAUUGAUACAGUUGCUGCAGAAUGGCCUGCAUAUACUAAUUAUCUAUACUUGACUUAUAAUGCUAGCACACACGAUUUAGAUUUUCCAGGUGAAAUUACUAUGGUACUUGGAUCAGGUGUGUACAGAAUAGGUAGCUCAGUUGAAUUUGACUGGUGUGCUGUUGGAUGUUUGAGAGAAUUGAGAAAACAAGGUAAAAAAACAAUAAUGGUUAACUACAACCCGGAAACUGUAAGUACCGAUUAUGACAUGAGUGACAGAUUAUAUUUCGAGGAAAUUUCAUUCGAAGUCGUUAUGGAUAUUUACAACAUCGAGAAACCAAAUGGAAUUAUAUUAUCAAUGGGAGGACAGCUACCAAAUAACAUUGCUAUGGAUCUUCAUCGCCAACAAGCAAUAAUAUUAGGCACUUCGCCAGAUAUGAUAGAUAAUGCAGAAAAUAGAUUUAAAUUUUCACGUAUGCUGGACAGAAAAGGCAUAAUGCAACCUAGAUGGAAGGAACUUACAGAUCUUGAUUCCGCAAUAACCUUUUGUGAAGAAGUUGGAUAUCCUUGUCUGGUACGACCAUCUUACGUCUUGAGUGGUGCUGCUAUGAAUGUAGCACACUCAAACCAAGAGUUGGAAACUUAUUUAAAAUCAGCAAGUUUAGUAAGCAAGGAUCAUCCUGUUGUUAUUUCUAAAUUUAUUAUGGAUGCUAAAGAAAUCGAUGUUGAUGUAGUUGCUGCAGACGGAAUUAUUUACUGCAUGGCAAUUUCUGAGCAUGUCGAAAAUGCAGGAGUCCAUUCUGGUGAUGCAACAUUAGUUACACCGCCACAAGAUAUUAACAAUGAAACAUUUGACAAAAUAAAAGAAAUUGCUAGCAUCAUAGCAGAGACGCUUGAUGUAACAGGUCCUUUCAAUAUGCAGUUAAUAGCAAAAGAUAAUGAUUUAAAAGUUAUUGAAUGCAACGUUAGGGUUUCGAGAUCAUUUCCUUUUGUAUCGAAAACUCUAGAUCAUGAUUUUGUAGCCAUGGCUACUAAGCUAAUUUUAAAUAUACCUGUUGAACCUGUUGAUGUAAUGACUGGCUGCGGAAAAGUGGGAGUGAAAGUGCCUCAAUUUUCAUUCUCUAGACUAUCUGGUGCUGACGUUACAUUGGGAGUUGAAAUGGCAUCUACUGGUGAAGUAGCGUGUUUUGGUGAAAAUCGUUACGAAGCUUAUUUAAAAUCACUAAUGAGUACUGGUUUUAGAAUACCCAAGAAAGCAAUACUUUUAUCUGUGGGAACAUUUAAGCACAAAUUAGAAUUGUUACCAAGUGUACGUGCUUUACAAAAAAUGGGUUACAAACUAUAUGCUAGUAUGGGCACUGGAGACUUCUAUACUGAACAUGGCGUCGAGAUUGAAAGCGUUCAAUGGACAUUCGACCACAUUGGAGAUCCUGAAGACGCAAGGUCAGAUGGAGAACUUAUGCAUUUAGCAGAUUUCAUGGCAAGACGGCAACUAGACUUAGUAAUAAAUCUGCCUAUGAGAGGAGGAGCCCGACGUGUAUCGUCCUUUAGCACCCACGGAUAUCGCACAAGAAGACUGGCUGUUGAUUAUGCUGUGCCACUAGUAACAGAUGUUAAAUGUGCUAAAUUGCUUGUAAAGGCAAUGCAGCAAUGCGGCGAUGCUCCACCAAUGAAAACACACACAGACUGUAUGACUUCUCGUAACAUAAUAAAACUGCCAGGAUUUAUCGACAUACAUGUACAUGCCCGCGAACCAGGUGCUCCAUAUAAAGAAGAUUUCGAUUCAUGCACCGCCGCAGCUCUAGCUGGUGGUGUUACAAUGAUAUGUGCUAUGCCAAAUACAAAUCCUGCUGUCAUUGAUCGCUCCUCAUACGAUUAUGUCUCAACAUUAGCUCGUGUUAGUGCCCGGUGUGAUUAUGCUCUAUUUGUGGGAGCCUCGUCAAGUAACUGUGAUACUGUAGCUGAGUUAGCUCCUCAAGCUGCAGCUUUAAAAAUGUACUUGAAUCAGACUUUUACAACUCUGACACUAGAUGACAUGAUCAUCUGGCAGAGGCAUCUCCAGAACUGGCCAAAAAAGUUCCCAGUCUGUGCUCACGCAGAACGCGAAAAGACAGGAGCAGUUAUUCUUAUGGCAUCAUUACUUGAUCGACCAAUACAUAUUUGUCAUGUUGCUAGAAAAGAAGAAAUUUUAAUAAUUAAAGCUGCCAAAGAGCGAGGUUUAAAAGUAACUUGUGAAGUAUGCCCACAUCAUUUGUUUUUAAGUACAGCAGAUUUCGAUAGGAUCGGAAAGGGUCGUGUUGAAGUACGCCCAGUCUUAUGCAGUCCUGAAGAUCAAGCAGAGCUUUGGAAAAAUAUGGACAUCAUAGAUGUUUUUGCAACAGAUCAUGCUCCGCAUACUGUUGAAGAGAAAGAUUCUGAAAAACCACCACCAGGAUUUCCUGGCUUAGAAACAAUUUUACCACUAUUAUUAAAUGCUGUUCAUGAAGGUCGAUUAACCAUGGAAGACGUUAUAAAUAAAUUUCAUAGAAAUCCUCGAAAAAUAUUUAACCUUCCUGAACAACCAAAUACUUACGUCGAAGUUGACAUGGAUUAUGAAUGGACAAUACCAUCUGCUAUGGAAUUUUCAAAAUCAAAAUGGACACCUUUUGCAGGCAUGCAAGUAUGUGGUGCUAUUCAUCGUGUAACAUUACGUGGUGAAAUAGCUUAUGUUGAAGGGCAAAUUUUGAUACCUCCAGGAUUUGGUCAAAAUGUUAGAGAUUGGCCUACUCCUAAAAAACAAACUUUUCCAAUAUAUUCCAUCGAAAAAACAGAAAAGGAACAAAGCCGACCAAACUCUGCAUUAGAUUUACAUUUGUCAGGAGAAAUGAGCCGACUUAGUGACCUUGAAUUAGAUCAAAUUGAAGCUAAGCCUGAGGGUCAUAAUAAAUUAAAUGUGCAUUUUAAUGAAAUAUCAGGUUUAAGAUCUGGAUCACCUUUACUAACUACAAUCAGACAGAGAUGUGAUAGUAGUUCAAAUUACAAUCCUCCGCAUAUACCAAUGUCUCACCGCCAACGCAGCGACUUGUUCGGAAAAAGUAUUUUAACUGUUGAUUCUUUUAGUAAAGAAACUCUCAAUGAUAUAUUCAAUUUGGCACAGUUUAUGAAGACUAGCGUAAAUAAAGGUAGAUAUUUGGAUGAUAUAUUACGCGGAAAAGUCAUGUCUUCUAUAUUUUAUGAAGUAAGCACACGUACAAGUUGCAGUUUUGCAGCAGCCAUGCAAAGAUUAGGUGGUUCUGUCAUUCAUACUGAUGCUACUAGUUCCUCAGCCAAAAAAGGUGAAACAUUAGAAGAUAGUGUCGCUGUAAUGGCAAGUUACUCAGAUGUUGUUGUUCUUCGACAUCCAGAACCUGGUGCAGUUGCACGAGCAUCACGACAUUGUCGCAAACCGAUCAUUAAUGCAGGAGAUGGAGUAGGUGAACAUCCUACACAAGCUUUAUUGGAUAUAUUUACAAUACGUGAAGAGAUUGGUACAGUAAAUGGACUCACUAUAACUAUGGUGGGAGAUUUAAAGAACGGUCGCACUGUACACUCUCUUGCUCGUCUGCUGACAUUGUAUCAAGUGCAGUUACAGUACGUUAGUCCACCAGGUCUUGGAAUGCCAAAACAUAUAAUGGAGUUUGUAGCACAAAAAGGCAUAUCGCAAAAAGUUUUUGAUAGUCUAGAAGAUGUUUUGGCUGAUACUCAUGUUUUGUACAUGACAAGAAUUCAACGCGAAAGAUUUCAAAGUACAGAAGAAUAUGAACAAAUGCGUGGAUUGCUGGUAGUGACGCCGCAGUUGAUGACGCGAGCUCGCCGGCGGAUGGUAGUGAUGCACCCUCUACCACGAGUGGACGAGAUCUCACCUGAAUUCGACUCAGAUCCUCGAGCGGCAUACUUUAGACAAGCUGAGUACGGCAUGUACGUAAGGAUGGCUCUCUUGGCCAUGGUUGCUGGGGUCAACCCUCUUGUGUAAUAUGUUGGAAAAAAACUCCUAUAGAAUUUAAAUUCCAUUUUAUAAUUGUGAAACCUAAGUUCAACUCCAAUAAGCAAAAGUCCAGUAAGCGGACUAAGUACAGCACAUUCCGUGUUUGCCAUUCUAGUUAUACAAUUUUAGGUUCGUGAUAUAGAAUAGUUCAUAUGAAAUGUUUAUAAAGUAAGAAAUUUAAGUUAUUAAGAUGUAUGUAGUACAUAUAUGUAAAUAGUAAUUUCAAUUAAUAAUUAUGUAAGUAAUAAAAGUAAUUUGUACACGUGACCUCCCUGUAUGCAUUUAAUUUGACCAAUUUUGUAUAUACUUAAUAAGCAUUUAUAGUAAUUGGUACGUACCUAUAUGCCAAAUCAAUAAAAUAUAAAUUGUGAUUUAACUAUUAUUUUGACAUUUUUGUAAAGAAUAAAAUAGUAUUUAGACACGUAAGGUGGAAUAACAAUCUUCUAAAUCAAUAAACGCAGAGAAACCAUUAAACAAUUCGAUAAAAAAAAGGUUCUUUUUUAUCGAAAGAUCCUUAUAAUUUACAUUACGUUUAAAUUUAAAAACAAGAAAUGUUAUAUAUUUUACUAUUUUUAAAGAAGUCUGAUUAAUUUAUCUCAAAUUAACAUUAUUCAUUUUAUAAAAAUCAUUUAUGUAUCUGAUGUAAAAACUAUAAAUGUAACUCUACUAUUAAAAUAAUGACCACAAUAUCAUUUUAUUAUAUUAUUUUAUAUAGGUGUAUGUAAAAUGCACCUAUUGUUAUUUAUUUAUACCUACAAUAUUCAUAUUUUAGAUAACUAUAUAUAUAAUACCAGUAAUUUAAAUGCACUAAUAUAAAAAGGAUCCAUUUUGUAAUUAUAUACCUAUAUAAUAUACAUAUAUACCUAUAAUUUUUCCAUAGCAGGUUCUCUAUACUACACCCAAUUGUUUUUCGUUUUCCUAAAGGUGACCUGUAAAAAAUGCUAUGUAAAGUCCGCCUUUUUAUAUAAUUUUAUCAAUAAAGAUUAAGAAUACGAGCCAAAAAUGAUGUUUAAAUAUUUGAAAGCUUGUUAGAUAAUGGUGUGGUUUCCAAUUUCUAUUCAAUAUCUCUUUUGAAUCUCAGUCUUGAAUUUUUUGGUUCGAUCUUUGAAUAAAAAGAUUAAUAGGUCGAGAUUGAUAUAUCCCAUUUUAUGCUACGUGUUUGUGGUUUUCUUAUUUUCCGUAUAUACUCGUAUCUGUGUAAGUUUCCUUUUUUCGGAAAAUUCUUAGUUCCUUUUACGCACAUUUUCCUUUUAUUUAAACGUCAACAUGCACAUGAAUAGAUCAAGAUCGAUUUUUAUUGAUAUCAAACUUUUAAUUCGAAUUAAUUCCAAA